AUCAAUUUAUUUUAUCAUAAUCGAUCGAUUAUAAAUUUUACGGUUUUUAGAUUAACUGAGGAGGACAACACUAUGCAUUGACAGUUGAGAAAUAAAAUAUUGUCUGUGGUUCUUUUUCUGAGUUUAGACAUUGUGCAAAGACGUUGAAAGAACGUCAUGCCUUUCGCGCGGUACGUACAACCGGGCCGUGUUGCCCUGGUAGCUGACGGUCCCUUGAAGGGAAAGCUUGUGAGCAUCGUCGAUGUCAUCGACCAGACCCGUGCCCUCGUUGACGGACCCGGCAGCGGCGUCCCGCGGCAACAGAUCCGCCUCAACCAGCUGCACCUCACAAAGUUCCGCCUGAGCUACCCCUUCACAGCGCCCACACGUGUUGUGAGGAAAGCAUGGACGGACGCUAAGCUCAACGAGAAGUGGGUGGAGAGUCAGUGGGCCACCAAGCUCGCCAACAAGGAGAAGCGCGCACAGAUGACCGACUACGACAGGUUCAAGCUAAGCGCCGCUCGCGUGAAGAGGAACCGCGCCAGAACCGCGGUGUUCAAGAGCUUGAAGGUGAAGGCGGCCCGUAGCGGCACCUUCGGCAAGAAGAGGACCCCCAAGACUCCCGCUAAGAAACCCCGAGUCAAGAAGGCGCCAGCUAAAAAACCAGCGAAGAAGUAAUUCUAAUUUUGUGUGUUGAAUAUCUAAGGACUAAUCAAAUAAAGAGUUACUUUAAGCUAA